AUCCACUCGGUGGCGAUGACGUAGUGCAAACACCCACCCAGGCCCAAUUGGGAUCAAAAUUUACCCGUGCUACGAUAAUAAAUGUUUUCGUUUUGUUUGGGUCGUCACAUCGCAUACCUUCUAGACUCAAAUCAACAAUAAAGUUAGAUAUGAAACUGCAGUAUGACUCCACUGUUUGUGAUACUACUGGUCUGUCUAGCCAUCUACACCAGCUUCACAUGGAUUCUUCCAAGAGCGGUAGCCUGGCUUGUAAAACGAAGAUACAAGAUUCACCUCCGGGUGGGUCACAUCUCCCUCCCCUACUUCAUCCUCCGGGACGUCAUAAUCUCGAAGAACGGUUUCACAGUAGAAAUCGAGGAGAUAACUGUCAGAAGUAGUUUAUUCAGCAGCGACGUAGCUAAGCUUCUGGCAGUGAUGAUGCACGAUGUGAGAAUCAACAAGGACGUACCCGUGUGUCCCCCGAGGGCAGAGCAAAAGGACCCAAAGAAAAAUUCACCCCUAGAUUUUAGAAACAGGAAAGUUCCCCCAAUGAUCAUAACCUUCGUCCAGUUCAUGGCCGUUCACAUAGAGAAUCUAAAUCUCCUUGCUCUGGGUGAUGGGUGGCUGGCAAACGGCAGCGCCGAGAGCCUCAGUCUGGAUGGAAGUGUUGUCCACGGUGCGAGAACACUUCUGGUGGCUGCCACCGUUGCUGGUGGUGCUAUGAAACUCCUUCGUCAUGCUUCUGACGCAUGCCUCUCCCAGAUGAGCUUCGCUGGUAAUGUUGAGGCGACCAUUCAGGCCCAAGGGGAGCUCACAGUUGAGAAGUUGAAUGUUGGAGUGACACAGUGUGAGGGAUCUGGAGGACUGGGAUUGGUCCAGUUUAUUAGGGACAGGAAGUCACUAACAACUGAAGCUUCUGACGAGAGAGUAGAGGAUAGGGGGUAUUCAGAAGACAUUCUAGCUAGGUUUGCACCGAUCAUACCUAAGGAUCUCUCAAUGAAAAUCGGAAGUUCCUCGAUAAUCGUCGGUCGGGAGGACCCCUCUCUAACGGGUCUCGAGGGAACGAUGAAAAACCUCCUCGUGAACAUGACGUUCUCUCCAGAGACCACUCAAACCAAUCUAACCGUAAACCUUGAGGGUUUGUCGGUUCGGGGUAAGCUGCCAGUCCUGUCCCUGCAAUCGCUCUCCAUCUCCUCGAAAUUCAAAGACAAAAUUUUGAGAAUUGACACCCGCCUGACUAACCUCUCCCUAACCUACGACCACCGCGACUGGGAGUCCCUCCUCUCGAUAAACCGACCCACCAUUCCCACGUCCCGGGUUCCCUCGCAGUCGAAAUUCCCUUGGAUCCAGAGGAUUAAGACGACAACAGACCUUCAGGACGGCUCUUGCACCGUCCGCCUGCCGGAUGUACCGGAGGUCUCCUUCGGACUGUACCACAUCAACCUAGAGUUGAAUCGAUUGGGAUCAGACCUUCACGACUGGACGACAAAACUCUUAAUUGAGUCCCUGAGGUGUACACUAAACGGCCAAGAUCCUGGAAUCCCCAAGACAACCCAUCACUGGGGAAAUCCUCUUUCAGUGGGUGUUCUAGUCGCCACGACUCACAAGAACGCCGUUGGCAUAGCCAUGAAUGCACUGAGAACGGAGUGGAGCUUAGAGCUUGGUAGGUUCCUCCAGCAGUCUUUGAAAUACUUGAACGAACACUGGAAACAGCCCCCAAUCUUCGUCGAGGGAACGCCAAAAGCCUCCGAUACAAAGCCAACAAUGAACAAACAAGAGAAGGAGAGGAUUCUCCAGCUAAAAAUCAAAGUAUCCAACUGCAAUGUUUUCCUCAUCUCCGAGAGUGGUCUCUCAGUGAUGGCGAGACUGGACUUUGCGAAUAUCGAGCACAACGUGAAGGAGAGAUUCGUUGGGGUGGCAGAGGGUGUGUCAGCCAUAACUCUAAACCGAAAUGAACCGAUAAUCUGUGAACACGCCGAGCACCUCAAGGAGCCUUUCCUCUCCAUCAGAAAAUGCAAGGGUGCAGUGACAUCGGAAGCUAUCAAUAUCAGUGUGAAUGCAUCGAGUCUAGUCUGGAGUCCAAACCUCCAUCUUCGAUUGCUUCAACUCUGGAGAGAGUCCUCGAGCUUCAGGAAUGUGUUCAGCAUCAGUUCCUCGGCAGAGGCUGACGGAAUGAGGAGGACCAAGAGGACGAUUGACUUCUUGGCAACAGGGGGAAUCACAAUAACCGUGGACAUUGAUGCCCAGAAUCACUAUGUCGAAGUGUUCUCGGAGGAGCUGAGGUGUUGCAAUGGUGAAUGGACAUCCAGUUUCUUGAAGGGGUCCCUGGAUAUGGUUGACAUAAUAGCCCUUGAGGGACUCGAAUUCGUCAGGUUACAGGAGAGUGAGGAAGUGAGAUUAGAAAGACAGAAUAACGAAGACUUCGAACUGGACUGGAACGAGACCUGGGCGAUGACGAUUGACUCAGCGAAGGCGUGCUUUCCCUACGAGCACUGCUUCGCCGAGACCAUUCAGAACAAGCUAUUCAGUUUGAAGAAGUGGCUGAAGGAAAUUCAUUCUUCGGGAUCGACGAAACACGAAAAAUUACCUUGUGAUUUAGUCAUAAAAAUCAAAGAGUGGGUGUUCGAGGUGAGCGACGAUCCCUUCGAGAUACGCCUCAGGGACAACUACGAACUCCUGGAGGACGAGUACAAAGAGAGCCUCAAGCGUCAAGCUAUGUUGGAUGCUAAAGUCAAGGAACUGUGUCGAGCUCAUCUGCUGUUACCCCAGGGCAAGGUAGAGGAACUGUACGCCAGUCUCAGUAAGAAAAAUGCGGAGAUAUACGUGCAGAGGUGGAGACAAAUGCAGAGGACUGGACCCGCGAGAACUAGGCUCUUUGCCUGGACCAUGCAAGACCUUGAGAUUAUAGCACUCGCUGAUCCUGUUAUCAAUGGAACUGCCAAUGCAACAGCUGCCAUCGCCGAGAUGGACUCGGAAUCACCCUGGCCUGAGGAUGGCAUUGAAUUUGGAAUUCUGUGGGUCAGGGGAAUCGCUGUCAAGUGUACUGAGUGGAAGCUACAGCUGAGGGACUUUCCACAACCACUGCUGCUAGUGGAGGGAUUGAGUAUUUGGGGUAAACUCGCUGGGGCCGAGAUGCUUGCACCCCCGAGAGCUCGAAGAACCGUCAGGAUAAGGGUUGGAGCUCCUUGGGAGGAUAUCGUUGUCGAGAGGGGAAUGACUUCGUUGAAGUAUUAUCACGAUCUCAAUUGGGAUAUCGAUAAUUUCAGAUACGCUUUCGGCCCCUGCUGGGAGCCAGUGAUAGCUCAAUACAACCUAAGCUUCGAGAAGAUCCUCCAUCCGAGUAGAGAUCCUAGUCCACCCCUUCCCUUCUGGGAUAAAAUGCGUUUGGCUCUUCAUGGCCGAUUGACCCUGUGUGUCAAGCAGCUGACAGUCUUGCUUCACGCGUCUCUUGACCCGUACAAUACAACCGAGGAAAUGGAGUUGACCUGGUCGGGAUUGGAGCUGGACUGGACCCUCGGUAAAAUCAUCAUCAAGGGUGAUCUCGAUGUUUACGUCAGGACAGCCAGCAAAUACGAUGACUGUCGUUUGCUUCAUCUUCCCAACAUCAGAUUAUCAAUUAAAUUGGCUUGGGUCUGUCUGGGGGAUCCUAGGGACCACCACGCAGCCGUUCCCUGUGCUCCAGAUCGACUCCCCGAGUAUUCUAGCAAUCAGGAGCACGACUCUUUCAGGGCUUUCAGAUCCCAGAAUAUAAAUGUCAGUCUGUCUUUGGAGACGAGACCUACGGGAUCUCCGACCGUCGUGACGCCAGCUCCAACAGCUGUCUUGUACGGCAGCACUCUGAGGUGGUUCGAGAACCUCAAGUUCAUUCUGUCAGGGGCCACGAGACCCACGAGGAAGGGGCCCCUCUUCGGUAAUGUCAGACCUCGGAAGAAGCAGUUGAGUCGGCAUUACAAGAAAGUCAGAUUAACUCUGGCUUUUCAUCAAUUUCACGUCAGCUACUGGAUGUCCUUCGCUAUGCAGAGGGGCUUUGAAGUCACUGGGGGAAGGGUCGCAUGUUCGUCAGAGCACAACCUCUCCCUCUACCCAAUAGACGACGGACUGAUCCAUCGACCGAGAGCUGAGUGGUCGAUCAUCUACAUGAACUGCGAGCUCAGCGAUGCCGAAAUUUGGCUGAAGAGUGCCCUUCAAGAAGAGGAGGAGUCGGCGUCCCUUCGACAACCAGUGGAGAAGUGCUACUGUCUAAGUGUGACCAGAGUUAGCUAUGGCAGGGAGGCACUCGUCGCUGGCAUCAGUGGAGACACCCCAACGCAUCGACUAGUUGUUCACGAUCUCAAAGGCGCGUGGACAAAGACAAAUCGUGACGUCGCCUUCGCCCUCUUCGACUCCUUUAUCAAGACCCAACAGCUGAAGAGGAAUUUAUCAACAGCUGCUUUGAAGGGCUUCCACAGGAGUGAAAAGACCCCCCAAAAGAGUAGGACGAGAUCAAUCGAUGCUGUGAUAAAUACAACAGCUGUUACGACUUCAGGAACGACAAGCACAAAUACAAGUACAACAGCAACAUCUACGACGACAACGACAACAAGCACCAGCACAUCGUCCAGUAUGGCUUCUACGUCGUCGGUGGAAGCUACUACUGAGUCAUCAGUGGUGAAGAAUCAUCAGAGUGAAGCUGCGGGGAUGCUUCAGCGGCUGAUAGCUGAAGCUGCCAACAAGCCUGUAGCCUUCAGCGAUGAUUUGUCCGUGCAGACAAGGGGACAGCAAUUGCGGGGUCUCGCAGCCUGCAAUCAGGACGAUGUUCUUCAUAAGAACUGGCUGAUAGCUCUCGUUAAUUCUCAGGUGCUGCUGAAGGGAAUUGAGACGAAGGGCUACGUGAUCCUCUCAGCUGCCAAGGCAGAGAUCCUUCAGAGGGUUCACCGUCCUGUCUGGAGGGAGAGAACCCUCGUCUCUAAGACCACGUGGGUGGGCUCACUAGAGUGCAUGCAAUACUAUGCGACAGUAUCUGCUAACAUUGAUGAUAACAUCGAUGACAACAAUAUCAUGUGGCUGACGCUGGACAAUAUCCAGGAAAAGGAUUCGGUGACAGUUGCAGGGCUGCCUGAUGUACCGGCUUUAGUCGGCUCGGGGCAGAGUGUUGGUGGAGUUGUUAGUCAAACUGUAGGUGGUGGUGGGGGACUGCAGCAUCAACUCCAGAGAAUUGUCUCCAGGUGCAAGUGCGAGUUCUGCUAUGUUGGGUAUGGCCAGGCGUUGGACGAAGUGGAGCUCGAGCAGAUGCCACCACCACCUCCAGAGGAAGUCACACCCUGGGAGAGAAAAGACCUGUCAGCUGCCGAUGCCUUCACUCUUAUGCAUCAUGACCUGGACGUUUGCACUAACUCACUCCAGUAUGCAAUGCUUCUGGAUGUCGUGAACAAUCUCCUGUUGUACGUCGAGCCCAGGAGGAAGGAGGCCAUGGAGAGGCUUCAGAGGAUGAGAUUUCAGUUGCAGCUGCACUCGGUUGAGGAUCAGAAGAGGCCGAUUCAGCAGCUGCAGAAUACGGUUAGGGGGCUUGUGGCGAAGUUGAGGAGACUCGAGAGGGAAACGUACCUCGUGCAGAAGGCACUUGGUGAGGAGUCCAGUCCUGAGUUACAGACGGAUAUAGAGAAACUCGAGGCGAGGGUCUUCGAGUGCAAAGAAUCGUUGGGAGCUAAGGCAGAAGAGCUCGAUGUCAUGUUGAGUUGUUAUAAGGAGACAACAGCACCAGCCGCUGCCUCCACCAGUCUCAAGGAUAAACCAGCUGCUGUGGCUAGGGCUGCUGAGAUCUGCUUCAAGCACGCCCAGUGGAGGCUCACCGAUGCUGAUGGACAAUUGGGUAUUGCCGAUCUCAUUCUGACGAAUUUCUUGUACACCAAGACGAGUAAAACUGAUGACUCGGUGGAGCACUUGCUCGAGCUGGGAUACGUUAGGAUGACUAAUCUACUUCCUAAUCAGGUGUACACUGAAGUGCUGGUGCCAACUGAAUUGCAAAGCAACAUGCCUGUGGACCGACAGAGGGCCCUCAGGGUCUUCUGCAGGGAGAAGGCACCUGUUGCUGGGAUUUCUGUCAAAGAACAUUUUGAGAUAAACGUUGUACCUCUCACUAUUGGCCUGACAAAGAAGUUCUUCAAUACGAUGCUCAAGUUUUGCUUUCCUGAACGUGAUCCCGAUGGAAUUGAGGAGCCACCUGCACCACAGCGGGACUCAUCAUUUUAUGUUCCCAUUGAGAGGCGCGAUGAUGUUGAGAAGAUGAAGGAACGGGCUGAUAAAAAUAAAUUGUUUAUCUACAUCAAGAUCCCCGAGGUACCUGUCACAGUCUCCUACAAGGGGAAUAAGGAAAAAAAUCUGGAAGAUGUGAGGGACUUUGCCCUUGUCAUACCAACCUUGGAGUAUCACAAUGUCACGUGGACGUGGCUGGACCUUCUGCUGGCUAUGAAGAGCGAUUCCAGGAGAGUUAUUCUGAGUCAAGCGAUCAAGCAGAAGCUGCAAAUAAAGCCUAGGGGGCCACAGGAGGAGACUACACCGCAGGAGGAGGAUAAGGCGAGGCUGUUGCUUGGGGCACGACAUCAUCCAGGGGAUGCUAGGAAGAAGAGUGUUUUUAAGUUCAAGUGAGGGGGACAAGGGGGCAAUGACAGAGAGAUUGUAUUAUUGAUUAAUAAAAUAAUUUAUUUUUUUUUA